AUGGCGAACGGAGAACCCGCUGCAACUUCGUUGCAAACUGUCGACCUGAAGCCUCGAGAUAUUCGGGAACUCGAGCUGGUCGCAGACGCGAUUCUUGAAGCGAAUCUGGAGCGAUACCACGUUUUCACGGAUGCCGAUGACGGCAAAGUCGAUACGAAGGCGUGGAAAUUCAUCAAGACCAAAGACCAGAUCAAAGUCUACACCAAGCGCCGACACAACCAGCGGAGACCUAGGCCAAAGGAGUCACCGAUAGGUGAAGGAGAUGCCGAGUUGCAGUCGAUCCUGUGCUCUGGAUCGACUCCUGGCACGCUAGAUGAUGUCAUGCUUGGCAUCUUGAACCCGACCCUCGAGUCUGCAAAAACGUCGUUCCUUGACGAUCGCAGUGCCUCGACAGCAGUGCUUUCGAUCGCCAAAGAACCGACGUUGAACGACCCUUUUCAGUCUAUCGCUGUCAAUUGGAUGGAGCUCGAUGUCCGUCGUCGGUCAAUCGGACUUGUCAAGAAUCGCGACUACGUCUACGUUGAAGCUACGGGCAUGAAAGUCCUUUCAAACGGUGGACGACUCGGCUAUCGUCUGAUGCAUUCCGUGGACUUGCCUCAGGCUCAUGUCUUGGAUGGACGCGUGCGUGCUAAGCUAUCCGUUUGCUGUUUCUACCGUCAAGAGACUGAGUCCUCGGUCUCGGUCUAUAUAUUGGGAAUGAUGGACGCGAUGACCGACCGAGUUCGUCGAGUCGUCGUGCCUCGUUUCGUCCAGAAGCUGCUGCUUCCUCUCAAGUACGCGCACUUUGUUGAAAUGAAGAAGUUGACACAAGCCCUUGGUGACCGCUACGCGCAGUUGAAAACCGUCAAGUCACGGGGUCUUGACCAUAAAUGUGCAGCUUGCGAGAAGCGGCUGGGCCGUCUUGGAAAGUUCGUGGGUCAUCACAGCACGUGCAAAUUGUGCUUCAAGUACGUGUGCAAUGUGUGCAAAGUCGACAAAGACAUGAGCUUCGUCACGCUUGACCUCAAAAUGACUCAUCGGAAAGUCACAUUUUGCCCGUCAUGUGUGACGGAUGCGACAGUCGCGUCGAUACCUGAGCUGCCUUUUACCGAAAGUCGCGUUCCCAACGAUCUUCGACGCCACAACUCGGUCCGGUCUUCAAUAUCGUCGGGAUGGGGAACAAUGAUGGAAGAAGAUCCGCAGCCAGUAAUGAUAUGA